GUCUUUUGUGAGCUGCUGUAUGUUUACUCUGGGCUCAACAGAUUAAGACUGUUCAUUCAGGUACUCCAAACGACACAAAAAUAUUGAAAACGACAAGCCCUACCCUUCAGCUGUUCUUCUGCACUGAAGCUGGAGGACACUUUUGAAUGUAGCACCGCGGCAUACAUAGUCUGUAAAAGUGUUAAAGCCGAACCCUUGGUUUGAUUAUUGUAUUUUAAGACGGACUCUUACAGAUAUUAAUAAUAAUGGAUGAUCAAGGAUGCCCGAGAUGCAAGACGACCAAAUACAGGAAUCCAUCUCUGAAGCUAAUGGUCAAUGUGUGUGGACACACGCUGUGUGAGAGCUGUGUGGACAUGCUGUUUGUUCGUGGCUCAGGUAGCUGUGUGCAGUGUAACACUCCUCUCAGAAAGAGUAAUUUCCGUGUGCAGCUUUUUGAAGAUCCAGCCAUCGAUAAAGAGGUGGAGAUUCGCAAGAAGGUUCUUAAAAUUUAUAAUAAGAGGGAAUUUGAUUUCCCCACUCUGAAAGAAUAUAAUGACUACCUAGAGCAAAUGGAAGACAUUGUGUACAACUUGACUAAUAACUCAGAUGUUGAAAAGACAAAGCAGAUGAUGGAGCAGUACCAGCGAGAGAACCGGGACGUUAUACAGAGAAACAAAGUCAAACUGACGCGUGAGCAGGAAGAGUUGGAGGAGAUAUUGUUGCUGGAGCAGCAGAAUAUAGAGCAGAGGAGACUGGAGACCCUUCAGGAGGAACAGAGACAACUACAGGCCAAGAGGAAAAACAAACAGGCCCUGUUGGAUGAACUGGAGAGCUCUCAGUUACCUGCGGCCUUGCUCUUGGCAAAACAUAAAGAUCGAGCCUCUCAACUGGAGACUCAGAUAGAAAAACAGAAGCAGAACGUCAAACCGACAAACAUCUUCUCUACUGGAAUAAUGAUGGGUCAGACGGUGUCUUUGGCUCCUGUGACUCGUGUGGAAGAGGUGUUGUACGUCUAUCAGCCUAUUCACAUCGAUACAUACGGCCCCCCCAUUCCAGAACUGGAACAGCUGGGCCGACUGGGGUAUUUGAAUCAUGUGCGCACAGCUUCUCUAAUGGAUCAGGCUGGUGGUUAUACAUCAGGGUUGGCCUGCCAUCGUGCUGUCCAGGAUGCAUUCAGUGGCCUGUUUUUAUGAUAUUGCUAAACUACAAUCCCUUCUGGUCUGCUGUUCAUCAGUCUCUGUUUAUCUAAAGACACUUAUUCAAGAAGAGAGAGAUAGGUGGUGAAUGGAUGCACAAGGAUUAUGGAACUUUGUGAAUAUGACUGAAUUCAGAAUACACUGGCUCCAGGGGUUUACGCUGGGGACUAAUGUGAACAAGCUUUAAUAGUUGUACAUAUCUUUUUGUUGACAAUUUGUCAUAUUUUUGUAAUGCUGUUUCAUUUAAAUAAAUGGAAAAAAAACA